UGCGGUAUUCGACUUGUUAUGCGCGACGAACGGUCACGCCACGUUUUUUUGUCCCUUCGCCUGUUUUAUUAGGCGAAUUUCUCUUUCAGGUUCUACGCGCCUGUGUCAUUCGACGUGCCGAAAUCAUGUCUAGAUACAGUCAGAGACCCGAGAACGCGUUAAAACGCGCCAAUGAAUUCUUGGAGGUCGGAAGGCCUGGCAGGGCCCUCGACACCCUGUAUGAGGUGUUCAGGAACAAAAAAUGGGCUUAUAACUGGAGUGAGAGCGUUCUGGAACCAAUUAUGUUCAAGUAUCUGGAGCUGUGUGUCGAUCUUAAGAAGUCGCAUAUUGCUAAAGAGGGUUUGUUUCAGUACAGAAACAUGUUCCAAUCUGUCAAUGUUGGAUCUUUGGAGAAUGUCAUACGCGGUUACUUAAGAAGCGCUGAAGAGCGGACAGAGGCUGCCAGAGAACAAUCACAACAGGCUGUUGUUGAUAUUGACGACUUGGAUAAUUUGGCUACUCCAGAAAGUAUACUUUUAAGUGCGGUCAGUGGAGAAGAUGCCCAAGACCGUAGUGACAGAACUAUAUUAACACCAUGGGUUAAAUUUUUAUGGGAGUCCUACUGUCAAUGUUUGGAACUUUUGAGAACUAAUGCUCAUGUGGAAACUUUGUAUCAUGAUAUAGCUAAAAUGGCUUAUCAAUUUUGUUUAAAAUACAAUCGUAAAACAGAGUUUAGAAAGCUAUGUGAUAAACUACGUAAACAUCUUGAAGAUAUUGCUAAAUUACCUCCACAAACUGUUAAUGUUAGCCUUUCAAACCCAGAAACACAACAAUAUAAUUUAGAAACUCGCUUAUGUCAAUUAGAUUAUGCUAUUCAGAUGGAAUUAUGGCAGGAAGCAUAUAAAGCAACUGAAGAUAUCCAUAAUUUAAUGUCAUUGGCUAAGAAGUCUCCUGUUCCAAAAACUAUGGCAAAUUAUUAUCAAAAAUUAGCUAUGGUAUUUUGGAAGGCUGGUUAUAAUUUAUUCCAUGCUGCAGCCCUAUUGAAGCUUUUCCAACUCAGCAAAGAAAUGAAGAAAAAUAUUACUGCUGAAGAACUUCAAAAAAUGGCUUCUCGAGUUUUGUUGGCUACUUUAGCUGUACCAUUACCAUCUGCCCAUCCUGAAUUUGAUCGCUUUAUCGAAACUGAUAAAAGUCCUUAUGAAAAAGCACAAAAACUUGCUAUUUUAUUAAGUCUUCCUGCUCCACCUACAAGGAUUUCUCUCAUGAAAGAAGUUGUUCGUCACAAUGUUGUAACUUUAGCAUCUGAAGAUUUACGUAAUCUUUACAUGUGGUUAGAAGUUGAUUUUCAACCUUUAGAACUAUGCAAACGUGUUGAGACUGUAACUGAUCCACUUAUUGGUAGUGGAAGCGAAUUGGAAGGAUAUGUUGCUCCUGUACGUGAAGUUACAUUGGCUCGAUUAAUUCGACAACUUUCUCAAAUUUAUGAAACACUUGAAUACAAACGACUUUUAGAAUUAGCAUCUUACUGCAAGCCUUUCCAUAUGGAACGUGUGUUAGUUGAUUUAGUUCGUCAUAACGAUAUGCAGAUUAGGAUUGAUCAUGGAAAGGGAUGUAUUCAAUUUGGAAUGGACCUGUCAGAAUCAGAUGAAUGUAAACAAAUUCAUCAAUCUCUUAUUAGACAUCAUCAUGAAACCAAAGACAAAGAACAUCAAAGGAUUUUGGCCCGCCACAAAAUAAUUGAAGAUCGUAAAGAAUAUUUAGAAAGAUUGAAUACUGUUCGAGAAGAAGAAGAGGCUCGUCGAGCUGAUGAAAUUGCUAGAGCUGCCGCCGCAGCCGAAGCAAGACGAUUAGAUGCUGAACGUGAAGAAAGGGAAAAAAGACGCCAAGAAUCUGAACUACAAGCUAUUAAAGAUAGGAAUUUCAAAGAAAAAAUGCAACAAAUAUCUCUAACAGCUCAUGGCCAAAAAGUUUUGAAAAAACUAAAUGAAGAUGCCCUAAAAAACAUGGAUGCUGAUGAAAUUGCUGCUAAAGAAGCUGAAGAAUUGGCAAAGGAAAGAGCAGAAUUGGUACAAAAAUUAAAAAAUCGCAGAAAACAAAUGGAUUACUUUGAAAGAGCAAAACGAUUAGAAGAAAUCCCCUUAUUAGAACAAGCAUGGAAAGAAAAACAAAUUCACGAUAAAAAGUUCUGGGAACUUCAAGAAGCUGAACGUAUUCAGUUAGCCAAUCAGGAACGAAAAUUAGCAGAACAAAACCGUGAAAGGUUGGCUAGAAUGAAACCAGACAUGGACAUAUUCCUAGGAGAAAUGAAGGAACGUCGUACGGCCGAGUUCCAAGUCAAAUUGGCCAUAUUUGAAGAAGAGUUAGUUGAUAUUCGUAAAGAACGGUUGGCAAUAAGAAAAGAAGAAAGGAGGAUAGCAUUGAUUAAACAGCGUGAAGAGGAAAAGAGACGUAAAGAAGAAGAAGAAUGGUUGCGUAAGGAAGAAGAAAGGAAGAAAAAAGAAGAAGAAGAAAGAAAGAAAAAAGAAGAAGAAGAGCGUUUGGCUAAUUUGGCUCGACAAGAACAACUUGAAAGACAAGCUGAAAUUCAACGUAAAAAAGAAGAAGAAGUACAACGAAAAUUGGAAGAGAAAAAUAAGAGCUUAUCAUCAAAUUCCGCAUCGUCUUCUUGGAGAAAUGUGGAUAAGAACAAAGAUGAAUCAAAAUUAUUUGGCUCUGCACGAGAUAGUAAGGAUAGACGAGAAGGAGGAUUUGGGCGUAAUAGAGAUGAUGGUCCACCAUCAGAACGUCGGUCCUUGUUUAAUAAUAGAGGCAAUGAAGAACGCAAAGGAGGAGUAUUUAGUUCAAGAGACAGUGGUUGGAAUCGUGGUGGUGGUGGUAGUAGUAGUGGUGCUUUUGAUAAAAAUUUCAAAGAUGGUUCGAGAGAUGGAGUCCGUUCCGCUUUUGACAGAGACACUCCUAGAAAGCGAGAAAUACCUUCGUCUAAUGAUCAAGGUGGAGGAAGUUCAUGGCGUACCAUCCGCGCUCAAGACUCCGAGGAUAAACGAAAGGCAGCCAAGUGAUUUUAAAAUGACUGUUAAUAAAAUUCAUCUUCAUUUUUUUUUUCUAAAUCUGAUAUAUUCAUAUUUA